AUGGAGACCGGAGGCGAGCACGCGAGCCUCCCACCCGUGCCGCCCAGAGACGAUUCAAAUCUCAACGUUGAGGAAACGCUCGCCGCCAGCAGCAGCGCCAUGGACCACUACGAAGGCAACCCUGCCAGUGCUGCCCAUGACUCCUACGAAAAUCAAAGGUACUUCGAGGAGUACGGCAAGUUCGGGAUCCAUGUGGACAUGCUGCGCGACCAGUCGCGCAUGACCAGCUACCACCGGGCCAUCAUGGGCAACCCGCAGGACUUCAAGGACAAGGUCGUACUCGACGUCGGGUGCGGCACCAGCGUCCUCUCGUGCUGGUGUGCCCGCGCCGGCGCUCGCAAAGUGUACGCGGUGGAGGCCAGCAGCAUGGCGGAGCAGGCCCAGCUGGUGGUGGAUCGCAACGGGCUGAGCGACAUCGUGCAGAUCAUCAACGCCAAGAUGGAGGACGUCAACCUCCCCGAGCAGGUCGACGUCAUCGUGUCGGAGUGGAUGGGAUCGUUCCUCAUAUUUGAGUCAAUGCUCGAGACGGUGCUCUACGCGAGGGACCGCUACCUCAAGGAGGACGGCAAGAUGUAUCCGGCGAUCGCGCGCAUGUUCGUGGCGCCGCUCGACAUGACCCCGUUCUUCCAGAAGCGGAUCCGAUUCCUCCGCGACGUGCCCGACCUCAACCUGGCCCCGCUCAUUCCGUUCGCCACGACUGAGUACACGUACUACGGCAUGCGAGGAGCCAAGUGCAAACCCAAGCACCUGCUGGCCGACGGCUUCGUGAUCAAGGAGCUCGACAUCAAGACCGUCACCGCGCAGGAGCUUCAGAGGGUUUCGGCGCCCAUCGCGAUUAAGCCCAAGCGGAAGGGCACCUUCAACGGAUGGGGCGCCUGGUUCGAGGUCGUUUUUCCGGGCCAGACCGCCGACAAGGACGUCGUCCUUUCAACCGCCCCCGAGCAGCCGCUGACCCACUGGCGGCAGGACGUGUUCCUCCUGGAGAGGGAUUUUGAAGUGACGGAAGAGGACACCAUCACCGGCCUGCUCCGGUUUGUGCAGAACCCGAACUGGAAGAGGCACUACAAUCUGGAGAUCUCCUUCUCCUUGCGCGAGUUCGAUCAGUACAGGAUCUGGUCCACCUGA